GGACUGAGCUUGCGGUCAAAGCCGCGACCUCUAGUCCUCUGGCAUGGGCUGGGGGAUUCUCACUCAUCUCCUGGGAUGAUAAGGUUUAUGGAUGAGGUGAAGGAGAUUCACGAAGGUAUCUUCAUACAUUCGAUAUUCCUGGCGGAGGACUUGGAGGACGACCGGAAGGCGGGCUGGUUUGGGAAUAUCAAUGAGCAGCUUGAAGUCGUAGCGGAACAAUUACAGGGUAUCCCAGAGCUUCGAGAUGGCUUCGACGCUAUAGGAUUCUCGCAAGGCGGACAAUUCCUUCGCGCAUAUAUCGAACGUUACAACUCACCGCCAGUACAUAACCUCAUCACAUUUGGUUCUCAGCACAUGGGCGUCUCGGACCUACCUCUGUGCGAACCAGGGCCUGGGUAUAUCUGGUGCCAAAUUGCCCGUCGCGCCGUCAAGGGUGGGGUGUAUGGUACAUGGGCGCAACAGAACAUAAUCCAGGCGCAAUACUACCGAGACCCAGACCACCUACCCAUCUACCUCGCUCGGAACCAUUUCCUGCCCAACAUCAACAACGAGCUCCCGGAGGACUACGGGCUGCCAUCCAUAACGGCCCCAACAUCUGGGCGAAACGAGACUUACGCCAAGAACCUGGCGUCGUUGAACAAGUUCAUCAUGGUCCUGUUCACGGAGGACAAGACCGUCGUCCCCAAGGAGAGCUCCUGGUUCGGCAGCUACGCCCCCGCGGAGCGCUUGCUCUCUGCUGGAGAGGGGGACCAACUUCCGAUGGUCUCGCAGGCUGAGAAGACGACUAUUCCCAUGCGGAUGCAGCCUGUCUAUACGACGGAUGCGAUAGGUUUGAAGACUCUGGACGAGAGAGGGGAUGUCUUGCUCGAGACAUGCGAAGGGGAACAUAUGGUGAUGAGUAAGGAGUGUUGGGAAGGGCUUGUCAAGGAGUGGGUCGGCGGUCCCAUGUAA